AUGAGUGAGGGAAAUACUUAUAAUCUACUGAACUCUCCUGCUUCUAAUGGUGACAACGUGGAAGAAGGGUUGGACAACCAUGGAGUUGAGAAUGAUGCCAAUCUACCAACUACAUCAGAAACCAUUAAGACAGAUGCUAUUCCACAAGUUCUAUUAGCACCCAAGGCGUUUUACGGAAGCCAAGGGAGCUUAAGUUCAUUUAAAGUGGAUUUCCCUAAAGAAAGGAGAGAAAGUCAGAAAAUGGAUUCUAUCAAAGACUUUCUUAAGGAAGGGGAAAAAUUUGAUUGGGAAGAUAUAAAGAAAGUAGUUACAGCAAGCGCCCUCUGCGAUGAAGAAGAUCCUAUUGACAAAGCAUUUAAGGUUCAUAUGAAACUUUGUCAAAUCGCUAAAACAAGUACGGAGAAUACGAAAGCGAUUGAAAAGUUGGCUGAUAGAGUGGAUGACUUUGCUUAUGAUUUAUUGGACCAAGUGAAACGAAUUGAAGAAAAAGAAUUGCAUGAUGAAGUUGACGCAAUACUUACUCCGGUUAUGCUCCCAUUGAAUGCAUAUGUUGCAUCCAAAAACCAACAGGGAACAAAUUUGACCAAUAUCCAAGGCAUUUAUGCAAAGUACCUCGAGACUCCCUACGUCAUUUUCAUGAAGACUCAAUUUAUGCAACUGACCUUCAUUGGACUUUUCUUUCGGAUAUCCAUGAUUGGUUCGUCUAUCGCUCCAACCGUUGAAGAGAGCUUUAUAUUACUCUUCUUUAUUGGAUUUGUUGUUAGUGAGAUCCAACAGUAUCGAAGUUCAGCAUCGAAGGUUUAUUUAAGAGACAUUUGGAACUACUUGGAUGUGUUGAUAAUGCUCGUUUAUGCCUUCGUCAUUACAAUUCGAAUCGCAACUGUUAUUAUUGGUGGUGAUCCCUAUAAAAAUCGUUUGUUGGAACUCGCUAAUUACGGUUAUGGAUUCGAUGGCAUGCUUCUUAUUCUACGAUUUUCCAGCAUCCUAGAGCUCAGUUCAGUUAUUGGUCCAUUACAACUGGCGUUGUUUCGCAUGUGUCUUGACUUACUGGUCAUACUUAUCCAGUUUUGUUUUGUCAUUGCUGCAUUCUCGUUGGCCAUCACUAAGUGUUACACAGCUGAGACAUCCUUCCUGACGCCCUUGAACAGCGGAUCAAAUAAUGUAGAGUACUGCGUUGAAGGCAGUUUGAAUUGCUUCUUCAAGUCUGCAAGGCAGCUAGUCUGGUCUGUAUUCGGAAUGACCCAUUUCGAGGAGAUGGAAUCCAUCACUAGUUUAACCUCGGACAUCGUUGUUUUUCUGUACUUGGUUUUCUUGGUUUUGUCAGUCAUCAUGUUGGUUAAUAUUUUGGUAGCCUUGUUGACAACCACAUAUGACAAAUACAAGACUAACGCAGAAAUGGAGUGGAAAUUCUCACGCGCAGUCAUUGAGGAACAGUACAGACGCAUGCACUUAGUUGUGGUACCGUUCAACAUAAUUUCUGAACCACUGAAGGCCUUAUAUUUUGCACAAUUUCCGGAUAAUCUGGCCAAGCGAAAGGAUCAGAGGAACGAGAAGUACAAGAAGUUUUUUAAAAAAAAGUUUUUCCCUGAAAUAACAGAACGCUACAGGAGAAAAUAUGACGAAUCAUUUCCGUCAACAGGCAACAGAAAACUAGACAAGCUGGGAGAAAACCUCAAUUUCGUGAGGAAUGAUCUAGAAGAAAUGAAAAAUCAGAGGAUGACGAACCUGGAGAGAAAACUUGAACGUGUAAUAGAGCAACUCCAAAGGAUAUCACAAGGAGAUCCGAAGGAGAACAAGGGAAGAUCGAAGAAAAGGGUAUCAUUCGUCGAAGAGGACGAAGAAGCAAGCCCAUCAUCAUCAGCCAACAGAAAACUGAGUACUUCAAUGGCAGAAGUACAAAUACAUCUACCUCAGGGGGAGCAGGCACAAGAAGAAACAGAGAAUCAUAUCACCGGAACCUCCCAAAUGCAAAACUUCUCACAGGACGAUGGCCAAGAUAGUCACUUGUGAAUUAAUCGAUCUUUUCGACGAAUUUCUCUCACGAAGCAAAUUCUUUGCAGUGGAUGAUAUGUUGCUUUGAGUCUAUAUAUGAAUUGAAUUUGCAGAGGGCGUGUGUUGACUGUGGGGGUGUGUGUGUGUGGAUUUGAUAUUGAGAAUAUUUAGAAUAAUUGCAAAUGAUCUAAGGAGAAAUCUCGCAACGUGAUCGCAUUGUGCCAACGUGCACAAAAUUAAUUAGCUCAGAGAGGAAUUACUUCCUUGAUCCCACGACUUCUUCAGUUAACGCUUCUAUAAAUUUCGCGAUGUUUGGGGAUUUUUAUUGUAACUAGCAAAGGAAGCAGACAACACUAGGCAUACUUGACUGAUUAUGAAUGAUAGUUCUGGAAUAUCUCUCUGCAGUUUUGAUUCAGUGUGGAAUGAAAUGCGAAAGCAACUUCACUUUGAUCAGUGUAAAUACAUUCAAAUACUGCACGUACUUUUUCCAAAAAAAGAAAUUGAAUCAUAGAAGACUAAUGCACCAAAAAAAUAUAACUUCGAGGUAAAUUUGGCUCACUCAAGUUUGUAUUUCAGGUUUUUUAGCCUUAACAAAAAAAAUUAAU